AUUGAGAAUUGUGACAAAAGAAAAUUGUUUAUGAAAAAAAAAAAAAAACUCUCGAAGCUUUGGAAACGUGGGUGAAUUUGAAGCCUCCACGUGUAGGUAGCCAUGAAAAUCAUCAAACUUUGAUAGCUACAAGAAACGGUGAUGUUCUUUCUUCAUGAUCAUCUCUCUCUGUCUUUGUCUUUUCUCUAUUGAAUUAAUGGAAGAGAUCAGAUCCUCAUCCUCAGCUUCUCCGCCGCCGACUACCACGACCAUCGGCGGCGGUGGUGAUCAUAAUAAUAAUAAUAAUAAGUCGUCAAUGGGAGCUAAAAAGGGGUGUUUAUCUUUCAUAGUGUCCUUAAAAGAGAGUUUUUGUUAUAUGAAGGCCUCCAUCUUUGGUCUGGCUAAGAAAGUGAGUGCAAAAAAUGAGAGAGAAGCAAGUGAAGCUGAGCUUAAAGCUGCAAAGAUGCAAGUCGAGGCUGCUGAUGCUGCUGAGCAUGCCAAAGCCAAAAUUCAGAAAUCUGCUUAAUAUUAAUAUUUACU